GCGAAAAGAGUCCGAGUCUCUGUUCGUGAGAGCCUCUAAUCUGGUUGCUGUGGAAACAUGACUAAAUAAACGGAAGUCCAUUCUGAUAAUUCUGAUACCUGAGAUGUAACUGGACUAAAGAGUGGAACAGGAAAAAUUUUAGUGCCAACCUCAAUUACAAUGGCUACUGAUUCAGGAGAGCCAGCUAGCACAGAAGAUUCUGAGAAACCUGAUGGAGUUUCACUGGAAGACAGAGCUCCUCAGCUUGCAGCAACUUUGACAGUGGAAGCUAGACUAAAAGAAAAAAAUAGUACCUUCUCUGCUUCUGGGGAAACUACAGAAAGGAAGAGAUUCUUCCGAAAAAGUGUUGAGAUGAUGGAAGAUGAUAAAGUUGCUGCAUCUUCCUCCAAAGAUGAGAGAAUGAAGACCACAACAAAUAUUCCAAGAGUAGAAAAGCUUCCUACAAAUGUGCUAGGAGGUGGACAAGAAGUUAAAUACGAACAGUGUUCAAAGGCAACUUCAGAGUCCUCAAAAGAUUGUCUCAAGGAGAAAAAUGAAAAGGAAAUGGAAGAAGAAGCAGAAAUGAAGGCCGUAGCUACUUCUCCUAGUGGCAGGUUCCUGAAAUUCGACAUAGAGCUGGGAAGAGGAGCAUUUAAAACAGUAUAUAAAGGAUUGGACACUGAAACAUGGGUUGAGGUUGCUUGGUGUGAGCUGCAGGAUCGGAAAUUAACCAAAGCUGAGCAGCAAAGGUUCAAGGAAGAAGCAGAAAUGUUAAAGGGUCUCCAACAUCCCAAUAUAGUUCGAUUUUAUGAUUCCUGGGAGUCUAUAUUAAAAGGAAAGAAAUGUAUUGUAUUGGUGACUGAACUUAUGACAUCAGGAACUUUAAAGACGUACUUAAAACGAUUUAAAGUCAUGAAACCAAAGGUCUUAAGGAGCUGGUGCAGGCAAAUUUUAAAGGGGUUGCAGUUCUUGCAUACUAGGACUCCUCCCAUUAUUCACCGGGAUCUGAAGUGUGAUAAUAUUUUCAUCACGGGACCCACUGGAUCUGUGAAGAUUGGUGAUCUAGGCCUAGCCACCUUAAUGCGAACAUCAUUUGCUAAGAGUGUCAUUGGGACUCCUGAGUUUAUGGCCCCAGAGAUGUAUGAAGAGCACUAUGAUGAAUCUGUAGAUGUCUAUGCUUUUGGAAUGUGUAUGCUGGAAAUGGCUACUUCAGAGUACCCUUACUCUGAGUGCCAGAAUGCAGCUCAAAUAUACCGUAAAGUAACUAGCGGCAUAAAACCAGCCAGUUUCAAUAAAGUCACUGAUCCUGAAGUGAAAGAAAUCAUUGAAGGAUGUAUUCGCCAAAACAAAUCAGAAAGGUUGUCUAUCAGGGACCUACUAAACCACGCAUUUUUUGCUGAGGAUACAGGACUGAGAGUGGAGUUAGCAGAGGAAGAUGACUGCUCAAAUUCAUCCCUGGCUUUAAGACUCUGGGUUGAAGACCCUAAAAAAUUGAAAGGCAAGCACAAAGACAAUGAAGCUAUUGAGUUCAGUUUCAAUUUAGAAACAGAUACAUCUGAGGAAGUAGCGUAUGAAAUGGUCAAGUCAGGAUUCUUCCAUGAAAGUGAUUCCAAAGCUGUUGCUAAGUCCAUUAGAGACCGGGUCACCCUGAUAAAGAAGACAAGGGAGAAGAAGCCAGCUGGCUGUUUGGAAGAACGCAGGGAAUCCCAGUGCAAGUCUGCAGGGAAUGUACUCCCUCAGCCCCAGAAUACAGCUUUGCCCCCUGCUCCUGCUCAGCACACUGGGGCUGAAUGUGAAGAAACUGAAGUUGAUCAACAUGUUCGACAACAGCUUCUACAAAGAAAACCACAGCAGCACUGCUCCUCUGUUACAGGUGACAAUUUGUCCGAGGCAGGAGUUGGAUCUGCUAUACACUCAGAUACUUCAAGUCAGCCCAGUAUGGCCUAUUCCUCAGACCAGAUGAUGGGCUCUCAAGUGGUUUCCAACAUCCCACAGACUGAAAUAAAUGUUCCAGGGAUGAUUUAUCCAUCCCAGCAGCUGGUAGGACAUUACCAGCAGAUUUCAGGGUUGCAACAGCAGCCAAAGCUGACUCAGCCCCACAUUUUGCCUUUGGUUCAAGGUCAGUCCACUGUUUUGCCUGUACAUGUCCUUGGACCUCCGAUUGUCUCACAACCCCAAGUUUCCCCAUUAACUGUCCAGAAAGUCUCACAGAUAAAGCCUGUAUCCCAGGCAGUUGGAAUUGAACAAGCAACUCUUCUAAAACCGGAUUUAGUUAGAAGUUUGAAUCCGGAUGUGGCAGCUGUGAAGGAAAACAUCAAUACCCCUGAUAACCCCUGUGGAAAUGGCAAACAAGAUCGGAUCAAACAAAGAAGAGCUUCCUGUCCUCGACCAGAGAAGGGGACUAAAUUCCAACUUACUGUCCUUCAGGUGUCAGUAUCUGGAGACAAUAUGGUGGAAUGUCAACUGGAGACACACAACAACAAGAUGGUCACCUUCAAAUUUGAUGUUGAUGGUGAUGCACCAGAGGAUAUUGCAGACUAUAUGGUUGAAGAUAACUUUGUGCUAGAAAAUGAGAAAGAAAAAUUUGUAGAAGAAUUGAGGGCUAUUGUAGGUCAAGCCCAGGAGAUCCUUCAUGUCCACUCUGCUGCAGAUAGAGCCAUUGGAAUUGACUCUAUUAUUGUGGAAUCCAACAAUAACCAAACAGGAUCAUCUGAACAAGUACAGAUAAAUUCUGCAUCCACUCAAACCAGCAAUGAAUCUGCUCCACAGUCAUCCCCAGUUGGUCGGUGGCGAUUCUGUAUCAAUCAAACAAUAAGAAACCGUGAGGCUCAAUCUCCUCCUUCUCUUCAGCAGUCCAUGUCUACAGUUCCUGGGCUAUCUCUAGUUCCUGGUCCAAGAACCACAAAUAAUAAGGAAAUAUCACAGGACACACUGCCCACUCUAGAAAGUAAUCCAUGCCAGCGUGUAUUUUUUGCCUCCAAAUCAGAACUCAAGGAUGUAGUUGAUGGUAAGAUGUCUGAAUAUGCCAGUGUAGAAACUAAGCAGCCAGCUUUAUUUUAUCGAGUGGAAGAUGACAGGCAGAUAAUGGCACCAGUUACUAGCAGUUCAAGUUACACUGCUACUUCAGUUCGUACAGUUCCAGUUGAAUGUGAGGGACUUACCAACCAAGCAGGCAUAUUUCUACCUGUAUAUCCAUGUCACCAAGCUGCCAGUCAGGCCGAUGUACUUAUGGUCCCUCCUGGCGAGUCAACUCAGAUUGCUGGUAACUCUCUUACAACUCUGGCAUUUAUGUCUGAUCAAAAGCCUCAAUCCUUAGCAGUGCAACAGCCAACUAUGGAUGCAGAGUUUAUUUCCCAAGAAGGAGAAACCACAAUGAACACUGAAGCGAGUUCUCCUAAGAUGGUCAUUCCCACUCAGACCCCUGGCCUUGAACUGACUACCCUUCUACCCACUACUUUCCUGGAAUCAGAUGGGGAAAGACCUCCAAAAAUGGAGUUUGCAGACAACCGAAUUAAAACUCUGGAUGAAAAAUUAAGAAACUUGCUCUACCAGGAGCAUAGCAUAUCUAGCAUCUAUCCUGAGAGUCAGAAGGAUACCCAAAGCAUAGACUCUCCAUUUUCUUCCUCUGCUGAAGAUACACUCUCAUGUCCAGUGCCAGAAGUCAUAGGCAUCAGUCACAGUGGAAUUCAAGAUAGUCCUGCACAGUCCCCUAAUUUUCAGCAGACAGGCUCUAAGAUUCUGUCCAAUGUGGCUGCAAGUCAGCCUGCUAACAUAUCAGUAUUCAAAAGGGACCUGAAUGUGAUAACUUCUAUACCCAGCGAAUUAUAUUUACAUGAGAUGUCCCCAGAUGCUUCACUUCCAGGGGAUCCAGAGGCCUAUCCUGCUGCUGUGUCAAGCGGUGGAGCCAUUCAUCUGCAGACAGGAGGUGGAUAUUUUGGCCUAAGCUUUACUUGUCCUAGUCUCAAAAAUCCUAUUAGCAAGAAAUCCUGGACUCGCAAAUUAAAAAGCUGGGCAUACAGGCUACGGCAGUCAACCAGCUUUUUCAAGAGAUCAAAAGUCCGUCAAGUGGAAGCAGAAGAUACGAGAUCAGCAGUUGCUCCUGAUCCCAUUCCUCUGACGGGAGAGUCCUCGGCUGAUACUAGGGCUUUGAGUAGAUGUAAAGCGAUGAGUGGAUCAUUUCAGCGGGGUCGGUUCCAGGUGAUUACAGUUCCUCAGCAGCAGUCAGUGAAAGUGACAUCUUUUGGAAUAGAACACACACCAGCAUUCCAUAAAAUGACAACCCAUUCUAGUGAAGAAGCUCUAGCCUUUACGGACAGAGCAAAGUCUCAAUUAGUGGAAAUGGAACCUGCCACGCACAAUCCACCGACUUCACUUUCUUCUCAGAAGUUACGAGCUCUUCAUGAAACCUUCAAAGAAGGUAAAAGAAUUCCCAAACAAGGUUACAACUUCUCAUCUUUCAGCACAGCUUGUGAGACUGAUGUAUCUUCAAUGACCCCAGAAAAAGAGUUGGAAGAGAACUCAGCCACGGGAAGUAGUAUGCAUUCUGGACUUGAACUGUUGUUUAAAGAGAGAGAGAUACUUACUGCUGGGAAACAGCCUAGCUCUGAUAGUGAAUUUUUAGCCACUCUUGCUGGCAGAGGGAAGUCAGUGGCAAAGACUGGUCCAGAGAGUGACCACUGCUUACCACUCCGUGAAGAAAAAGCCUGUGCUCAGACACAGAGCUCACUCUUCUAUUCACCAUCUUCUCCAAUGAGCAGUGAUGAUGAGUCAGAAAUAGAGGACGAGGAUUUGAAGGUGGAGCUUCAAAGAUUACGAGAAAAACACAUUCAGGAGGUGGUAAAUCUUCAAACCCAGCAGAAUAAGGAGCUGCAGGAGCUCUAUGAACGCCUUCGGGCAAUUAAAGAUAGCAAAAUCCAGUCAUCAGAGGUUCCUCUGCCACCUUCGUCACCACGCAGACCAAGAUCUUUCAAAAGCAAACUUCGUGGCCGCCCCCAGUCCUUGACACACGUGGAUAGUGGCGCAGCUGCUACAGGUAAAUUGGUCUUAAAAAAUGAUUUAGUAAAUCCACUGUGUGUGGAAAGUAAUGUAGCAUCAUGCCAGCAAUCUCCAGCUAGUAAAAAAGGGAUGUUCACAGACGACUUACAUAAACUGGUUGAUGACUGGACAAAGGAAACAGUAGGAAAUUCUCUUAUUAAGCCAAGUUUAAACCAACUCAAACAGAGUCAACACAAACUAGAGGCAGACAACUGGAACAAAGUAUAUGAAAAUACUCCAUCUACUAUGGGCUACACACCAACAUGGAUUUCUUCUCUGUCCCAAAUCCGUGGAGCUGUCCCAACCUCCUUGCCACAAGGACUCCCACUCCCUUCAUUUCCUGGGCCAUUAUCAUCAUAUGGAAUGCCCCAUGUUUGUCAGUAUAAUGCUGUGGGGGGGCCAGGGUACCCAGUACAGUGGGUAGGAAUUUCAGGAACACCGCAACAGUCUGUAGUAAUUCCUACUCAAUCUGGGGGACCAUUCCAGCCGGGAAUGAAUUUACAGGCGUUUCCAGCUUCAUCAGUGCAGAAUCCAUCCGCGAUCCCUCCUGGUCCCAAAUGAAUCAGAGUAGAUGAUGAAGAAAAGGGAGAUUUUUUUCAGAAUUAUUUUCAGGACACCUAAGAUACUAAACGUUCUUCUUCUUGGGUUCUGCCAUAUUUUCCCUCAUUUGAGUUUACUUUCCACUAUAUAUUUUUUUUUUGUUCCAUUGUGGUAUUUUAUAUAGCUCAUCAUUCUGUAGAACUGUGCAGUUUGUACAUAGAACACUGCACACAGAAAUGUUUUUUCACUUCAAAUCCUAUCCUCUUUGAUACUUGAUUUUUUAAAAAUACCGUUCAGAAUGCUUUAAUAAGCUCAGCUUGAGCAUUACCAUUUCCAGGACACUUUCCAUGAAUUGCUGAGAAGCCCCCAUUUUUUACUGCUGCUAUCUGCAGCUGGAUGAUACUUUAAAAUGUAUAAAAACUAUUUAAAUUGAUAUUCCCCAAACGUGGACGAAGUGAGACCCUCCAACAGCCGGAGUCUUAUGGGAUUCUUCACAUGUUUAUCUUAGGUUUACCUUUCACAGAAGGCAGGGUAACUUGCUGCAGGAAACGUUUUGGUAUAUAAAAUUAGAAUAACUUUGUCAACCAAUAUAGACCAUGAACCCUUUUUAAUGUGAUUUUCUUCCCGUCGUCACAGCAGGAGGAGUGAAGCCUUGUUUUAGGUGAGGCGGAGAGAAAGGAAAAAACAGAACUGUAACAGUUCCUUGAUUCUGCAGAUACUGUAGCUGCUUUAGGAUUUCAAUAGUAAUUCAAAGCAGCUAUCUCCUUGUUUCUCAUGUGCACACUACAUUGUUUUUGAGCAUCUGAGAGGCAUUGGUUUGGCUUGCAUUCUUUUGCAAGGGAUAUAUUGCAGCUGAUAUGAAUCUCAUUUGAGGGAAUCUUUGUAUUCCUAACAAAGAGGAUUCAAGUUACACCUCUAUUGAUCCAUUCUUCUGAAGUAAAAUGUACUUGACACAGUAGGUUGUAGGUUUUGAGACUUACACAUGAAACACUGGCUUUACAGGGUUCUAAGAUGCGGGGUAUACACUGUCCUGCAGUGAGAUAGUAGACCCUCGAAGGACACUAUUUAAGUUGCCCUUAGCUUUCUUUUGGGGGGGUGCCAUUUUUUAGUUGUUAUAAUUUCUUAGUAUACAUAGCAUCCUAGAUGAUUUUAGAUCUUAGAUGAUUUUGGCAGCCUCUUUAGAAUCUGAGAGAGAUCACUGUCAAGUUGCACUUUACUGGGUUUUAUCCAGUUUUAGGAGGAGGUGAGGCAAUGUCAAAAUAUACACUUUUGAUUUUCAAGAAGGCUAACUAUAGUAAUCUUAAAAGCCUGGUCACAGAGUUACCUAAUGCUCAGUCUGUGAAACCCAAAUGGAAUUCUUACAUGAAUUAAUCAACUACCAUAUAUACACCCAAAUGGAAUUCUUACAUGAAUUAAUCAACUACCACAUAUACAUAUUUAAAAUACUUUACACUCUGAAAUUUUCAAGGUCAUUUCUAGUACAUAUUUACCUGAUAAUGAGUUCUGUCUACUGGUAAACAUUCCAAAUUACCACCCAACAUUUCUUUUAACAGAUUUUCCUCCAUGUUCCUCUAAAAUUUUUACCCCAUGAGCUU